AUGACUGCUGCCCUUGUCGCUGCUUCAGCCACUACCCUUGAGCAAGAAUGCCUCAUACUUGAUGAGGAGAGGGUCAAAGUAGCAGCCUCUAAAGACCCUGUAUACCAGUUGUUGGUAGCUAAAGUAGCAGCAAAUGACUGGUGCCCACAGAGGGCACAGGAGUUGGUAGAAGACCUGAUAGUCUAUACUUAUGAGCAAGGAUGCCCACGUCUGCUCAUCCCAGAGGAACUUCGCCUUCAAGUCAUCACAGGCCUUCAUGCAGGACAUCAGGGGGUGGACUCCAUGCUCCGCAGGGCUAGGCAAUCAGUUUACUGGCCAGGCAUGGAAGGUGACCUGCAGAGCUACAGGGAUGGAUGUGCCUCUUGUGAUAUACAUACUCCAUUACAACCUGCUGAACCAUUAGUACUCACAGCACCCCCAGAAUACCCAUUCCAGUCAACGGUGGUGGACAUGCUACAGUUGGAGGGCCAUAUGUACAUGGCCUAUGCAGACAGGCUCACCGGGUGGCUGGAAGUUGCACACUUUCCACAUGGUACAACAUCAUCAAGAAUCAUAUCAGUGUUGAGGACGUACUUCACAAGAAUGGGAGCACCAGAGCUAAUCUCGACAGAUGGGGGCACAAACCUCAUUAGCGAAGAGACCACAUCAUUCUUCAGAAAGUAG